AUGUUUGUAAAAUCCGCAAUUAGUUCUAGCACUUUAACCGGCAUUGCAAUCUGUCGUAUAGAAGACAUGGAUUUAUUGAACAAAUCACGAGGCAUCUCGGUAAUGCCAAUUACACCACUAUUUGGUCUAUUCGCUAUAUUAUUCAUGACUGAAGCAUCAAUUACUCAUAACGAUAACAAUUACCUUGUUUUAUCAACUUUGUUUGUGUCUACGAUUCAACAGAUGCUAGCUUUUCUAAAAUAUUGGAAGCAACAAAAAAAAUCAGAACUAACGGAGAAUG